UGUAGGCCUCCAAUUGAGGCUUAUACCCGCCAAGGACAUUCCGAAGAGACCUCGUGCUCGCAUUUGGUUACCCCCUCUAGAGGAGCCAGGCGAAAAACUCCUGCGGUGCAUUAAGCUGCAGAACAAAUCUAUACCUAGUAUAGAUUAGUGGCAGCUAAUCAAGGAGGAAAAACCGAAUAAAGCAAGCAAGCCAAUACUAGUGGCCAUUUGUGAUGAGUCCAUUGAGGCUCUGAAGAAGACUGACUACAAAAUCAGCUUCGGAAUCCGCAAAGCCAGACUAAAAAUAUUCCAAGGCGACAAAGCGGCUGACGAAGACGACACGGAAGAGGUCGACGACGCCAGCCAGUUGCUAAAGAAUGUGGGCAUCGAAGAAACCCGAGAUGCCCAAUAACAUAAGAUGCGUUCAGAUAAACCUGCAGCACUCGAAGAGUGCUACAGCGAAUCUGACAACCCUCGCGAACGAGGGGGGCAUCGACAUCAGCCUAGUACAGGAGCCCUGGGUCAAUGAAGAUACCAUUAAAAGGCUAAACAGCAGCAACCAUAACCUGUUUUACACACGGAACAGAGGUAAACCUAGGGCAUGCAUUCUUAUCAAUAAAAGUAUAAAUGCAUUUCUUUGUCCUAAUUACAGCACAGCAGAUAUCACAGUGGUAAAGGUGGAACAGAAGGAAAAGCCCUUCUUCUUGGUCUCGGCCUACUUGGUCCAUGACGAAGACAUACCACCGGCCCCGCUCACCAGACUAGUAGAGGAGAACAGGAAGGAGGAUGUCCUAAUAGGGUGUGAUGCAAACGCAAGGCACACCGUAUGGGGUAGCUCCAGUAUAAACACCAGAGCCAACUUUUAUUUUCCCAAGCUCGGAUAGGUUUCCGGGGUGGGAGGAAGUGCUUGACCUCACGCUAUCAACAGACACAGACAGUCUCGUUGUGGAUAAGUGGAGGGUAUCC